GAGAGCGGACGCGUCUGUAUAGGGCUGAGGGAAUUGUGCUCCGCGCUGGGGGCCUUUCCCCCGGCCGCCGGCUGCAGAGAGAUGGAAAAUCUAAUGAGUAGCUCAACUCUCCCCCCACUGUUUGCAGAUGAUGAUGGCUCUAAGGAGAGUAGUGAUAUGGCUACAGCGGGGUUAGCCCAUCCAGAGAUUACAUACAGUGGUGGGGCCACACCAUCCACAAACAAUCCUGAUUUUGUGGAAGAUCUCUCCCAAGUUCAGCUGCUCCAGAAUGAAUCUUCAAAUACAGUAGAAAAUAGUGAACAGCGGCAUGAGGACGAGCAAAGAAACAAACGAGGAGGUUGGUCCAAAGGAAGAAAGAGGAAGAAGCCACUUCGAGAUAGCAAUGCUCCCAAAUCCCCCCUUACAGGGUACGUGCGGUUCAUGAAUGAACGUCGAGAACAACUUCGGGCAAAGCGGCCUGAGGUCCCCUUUCCGGAAAUCACAAGGAUGCUGGGCAAUGAAUGGAGUAAACUGCCUCCUGAAGAGAAACAGCGUUACCUGGAUGAAGCAGACCGAGAUAAGGAACGUUACAUGAAGGAGCUGGAACAGUAUCAGAAGACAGAGGCCUACAAAGUUUUUAGCAGAAAAACCCAGGACCGGCAGAAGGGCAAAUCUCACAGGCAGGAAGGAACUCGACAGGCCGCACAUGAUCAUGAGAAGGAAGUCGAUGUGAAAGAAAGAUCUGUUUUUGACAUACCUAUAUUCACAGAAGAAUUCCUCAACCACAGUAAAGCACGAGAAGCAGAGCUGCGACAGCUGCGUAAGUCCAACAUGGAGUUUGAAGAGAGGAAUGCAGCCCUCCAGAAGCACGUGGAAAGCAUGCGCACAGCUGUGGAGAAGCUGGAGGUGGACGUGCUCCAGGAACGGAGCCGCAACACUGUCCUGCAGCAGCACUUGGAGACCUUGCGACAAGCCCUUACCAGCAGCUUUGCCGGGGUGCCAUUACCUGGAAGUGGAGAGACCCCCACAGUGGAUACCAUUGACUCAUACAUGAAUAGACUGCACAGUAUUAUUCUAGCUAAUCCCCAGGACAAUGAAAACUUCAUAGCCACAGUUCGAGAGGUUGUGAACAGGCUUGAUCGCUAGUGACUCGUGCUCUGGCUCCAAGAUGUUCUGCAAGUGAUUUCUGCUUGUGAGGAAUCAGAAGCCAUGAUGGAAACAGACUGCCCAGGGGCAGAAAGAGGCUGCAUUCAUUCCAGCCUCUCCCACCCCUGGAAAGCCAUAGGAACACCCUGAGGUGCGUUUGGAAGCCCCCUCCACUCCUCAGUCCUGUCUGAGGUUCUGAGAGCACUCAGGCACUCUCAGGGCCUCAGCUUCCUCUCAUUUCAGUUUCUGUUGCAGAGAAAAGGCAAGAUUCCUUCUGGGACCACAGUGAAUGGGCUUUCCCCGCCCCUUCCACUUUUGUUUUUAAGCCAUUAGGUGUCUUCCUCUCCCUGCAUUCACCCUACCAAAGCCACCAUCUGUCUCUGACAUCCUUGCCCUUUGCCAGUCAGCGGUGCCCCACAGGAGAGCUUCUUCCCUUUUGCAGACACAAUUUCCCUACUGCAACAUGGAAACUAUUGUUGUCCAUCAUUAGUGCCCUCUGUCUUCUGGCUGAAGUUGGAUGGUCAGUUAUUCUGCUCCCAGCCCUGUUUGAGCCAUGGUUUCCUGUGUCUCUUUCCCGAGCAUAUGUAGUAUUCCCAGGCCAGCAGGGCUCCUGCACCCCUUCUUUCAUAGGAAGCACUGUGACCAAGGAGAAGGUUAGCAGAACAUUGAGAAUCAAGAAAUCACUUGCCUUUUCCAUUUAGUGUAUUGAGAGUUGUCAACGUUUGAUCUUUCAUGGAAAGUGAGGAUGUUUCUGUUUCUUUCAUUUGUGCUGAUUCACAGACUUGGAUGAAAGACCCCUCAUUUACAACAUAGAUUCUCUUACGCUGACAAAUAUGUACAAGAAUUUCCCUUGCCUUCACCUUCCAUCUGUAACCUUUAGAAAAACAAAUUGAUACAGAAGAGACAGCCUCCUGUUUUCUCCCCACAGUGAUUUGUUUUUUAGCUGCAGACCAAGGAGAUAAGGGUUUCCACCUGCUUCCCUCAGUCACUCACUGAAGCACAAGGAGUCAGGUGAAUCUUGCCAGUGUUCUGUAGGGCAUUUGGGAGGAAAGGUCUGUAUAAGAGCUGCCACUGUGGUGCUCUCAGAGCCAGGGACACCCUGAUCUCGUAGUUUCACUAGCUUGUCUUUCCAGUGGGUCCUUUGCUUGUCAGGUCUUCAUGUCUUAAAAAAGAAGAGGCCCUCCACCUCUUGUACUUUUUUAGUUUGCAUGGCAUUAAGAGCCCUACUCAUUGUGGCUUGGAAAAGCCCCCUACCAAGCAGCUUAGACUUCGUGUUCGUCCCUGUAAAAGACUGUGUCUGUUGUCUAAGGACCAACCUAGAAGCUGGCCACUUAGUGGUGAGUUCUCUAGCCAUGGUAACCCAAAUUAUUUGGGAGCAUUAGGAUUCCCCAUCCACACAAUGCAGUUAUUCAGUGAUUAAAAGUGGAAGCCCAUCAUGGUCUAGUCUAGUCAUGUAAACAUUAGCCAGCUUUUAAAUUUUGUGACAAGUAACUGAUUGCUCCUCCCCUUCAUACCUUUUGUCCCACUGUACGUGGUCUUGGUUCCAUGCAUGCCUUGUGUCUAUUCUCAAAUAUAAAUAAAUAAGAGACUUCCUCCAAGGGGGUGACAGAAGCUUCAUUAGAACUGUGAGCAUUUCUUCAGGUACACAAUCUUUCCCCACCUCUGGCCUCCUGGCAGUAUUCCUCUCUAGCUUUCCAGCUUUGAUUGUUGUGAAACCUCGUUAAUAGUGCUUUUGUGACCCAGAGCAGCUGGCACUAAGGGCAGAGUUCAUCACUGCUCCAAUUAGGGAUAAGAUAUGGGCAUAUGACAGUGGUGUGAAAUGUUUACAGAAUCACAGAGACUCACCACCAGAACCCCGCCAUCCCCACACAUAGGCUCAGAAGCUUCACCUGACUCUCAGAUGGCCAGGAUAUAGCUCCUUGCUAACCAGUCAGGUACUUUAGAGCAAAUUUCAAUGUCCCUCUUCUUCCUCUUUAUCCUCUCCCCCUCUAAGGAGCUCCAUAAGAUUACAGCAGAGCUUGAGCCCUGGUUUCUGUCUCCUGGUGACAUAAAUGUGACUGUUCUUAUUAGGAAAACUUACUUCUGUUUUUGUUUUUUCUUGUCAAGAUAUGAAUUGUCACCUUUUCCGUGUUACAGAUUUUUCCUCAUUGUUUAAAAAAAAACCAAGAAACAAAAAGACUCCUACAAGAGGCAGCUUUGGGGGCAGGGAGUCAAAAAAAAGAUGUUUUCUGAAGUGAAGAAAAAAGUCUGUGUGUCUGUAACUCUGUCUGGAGUGGCUGAAAUGCUAAGUCUUCUGUACAAGUGUCUUUGUAAUUAUGCUUCUAGAUUUUCUUUGUUUUGUUCAUUAGAAAUUGAUGUGCUUGCUUGACAUUUGUUUCAUUAAAACUUUUCAACAUUGAA